UCCAUGUCUCUGAAUCCAUCCAAAUGGAAAUCUCAGUAGCUCCUCCACUUCACCCAUUUCAUGCAAGUCUAAGGUUGUAAGGAUGUGAAGAAUCUUCUCUUCCGAAGCUGAGAAGACAAAGCAACAUAUGUUGAGUAGUUAUUGGUGGCAGCGAGUUCUGGUAAGAGGAGUUCCGAGAUCUGUGAUCGCUCUCAUUUUCUCUUCACUGUUCCUUUUGCCGCCACUGGCCCAAAGCAAACUCUGACAAGUACCUGGUAGAAUCCAUGCAUAGGCUGCUCGGUGCAUUCCCCGAGACACCGCCGGUGGUCAACGGAAGCAGGCCGCACGCCGUCAUGAACGGCGGCGGCAAUGCCGGUUACGACGCCGGCAUGGUUAUCGUCAUCGUGGCACUCCUCUGCGCUCUAAUACUCGUGCUCGGGCUGAACUCCAUGGUGCGGUGCGCGCUCCGGUGCGGGCGGCGGCUGGCCUUGGAGACCCCCGAGCAGGCCGCUGAGAGGCUCGCUGUGACCGGGCUCAACAAGCAGUCGCUCCGGCGCCUCCCAGAGGCGGUGUACGGCUUGGGAGCUGACAUCCCGGCCACCGAUUGCCCGAUAUGCCUGGGGGAGUUCGCCGACGGCGAGAAGGUCCGGGUGCUGCCCAUGUGCCACCAUGUGUUCCACGUCGAGUGCAUCGACAAGUGGCUUGCUUCGCACUCUUCCUGCCCAACUUGCCGGCGGUUGUUGCUCGAUCAUGGCACCGGAAAUGGAGCCGAGGAGGAGAACCGAUCCCGCCGGUCGGCUCGUGCAGUGGUGGUGGUGGAUAUGGUGGGCUAACGCCGGCCUAAAGCAGGCCCUUGG